CCAGUCCACCCACAACCAAAAUGCAUCUCCUCUCCCUCCUCGCCCUUGCCACCCCCGCCCUCAGCGCCAUCUGCUACACCGAACCCUUCUCAUCCGGCAAAAACUGCGCCUCCCUCCUCAGCAUCAAAAACUUCUACAGCGUGCAAUACUGCAACUACCGCUGGAACAUCCUCUACGGGGACUGGGACCACUUCACCUCCGACAACGUGAGUUCGGUGGUGCGCGCGAGUGUGGGCAAAACCGGCACGUUUGAUUCCAUGGAGGAUUGUUUGGAUGGGUUUCGCGAUGUCGUGGAGACGUGUCAUGGGGAGUUUUUGGGGGGGGUGUUGGUGGGAGAGGGGGAGGUUAGUUUGGAUGUGAGGUUUUGUGAUUUUUAAUCUUAUCUUUAUACUUUGGGGGGAUUAGGGGGGUUGGGUUAUGAGUUAUGAUUAUGCAAGGUACCAGGUGAUGAAAUACUACUAUCCAUUUUAUGAUGAU